AUGGGCCGCGAUGGAGUGCGGACCAGUUAUGAUGUCCAUUACCCGUGCAGCAAAGAGCGCAGUGACAGGACAUGCCCUGAUGCCACAAGGACGACUAAAUGGUCGAGCCAUAGGAGAGAAUCCUUCUCCCGUGACAACACUCCCUCACCAAUAAACCCGCCAACUCCUACAAGCUCUGGUACAUAUCUGGUGCAACAACGUCGUCCAUCUGGUAGUGGUAGUCGCCCAUCCACUCGUGACGGCCAGAGGACUAUCAAACCGGAGAUUGUCAUUGAAUUCGGAGCAAAGAAGGGUAAAGGCAAGAAGUAUCCUUCCGUCUCAGUUUCUUCCAAUACAUACAACCGGACCUCACUUGGUUCCCUCGGGUCCAAUGAUGCAGCCAUUGAUUCUCCGGGCUCUGAGUCUUCGUACAUCUAUCGGACCGGGUUCCCGGAGGCUACAUUGCCUCCACCGUCCGCCUUUAGUCAGCCAAACAGCUACAUCGCGACUCCCACCGCAUCCCAUGGCUAUCAUCAUCGGCCAACCCCGUCGGCCUCCUCUAGUCAGACGCCGUCACUAUAUGUCACCUCCGACCCUGAACUUGACUAUGAUCCACCGACUCCUCGCCAGCGUACAAGAUACCCCCCGACGAUAAUCCACAACCCACCUACUGCUGCUGCUCCCCCUUCCCCAUCUCGCCGUCGUGCUGGAGAUUCCUCGGGUUUACGUCAGACCACCAGGGUCACUCCACGUGUCUUUUCCGAUGAUCCAUAUGGGCCGGAAGGUCUUCGUCCAUUUGAUGAUGACUUGGCAGAUCGAUCUGGUUCGUCUCACGCUAGUUCAGGGGCAUCUGACCCCACCCGCCGCCCCAAAGUCAGCGACGAGCGACGCAAGAAGAAGAGCGAAGACCAACGUCGUCAAGAAGAGUUGGACCGACAGUUGGCUGAGAACAUUGCGCAAGAAGACAACAUUAAGCAGGUGCGAUUUGAACUAGGUCGUCCAGCAGCUCGCACACAGGAGAGAGCAGAGCGACUACAAGCUGAGAAGGAAAAAGAGCGAGCCACCGCACGCGAGGAGGCUCGCGCCGCCAAAGAGAUGGAAAGGCUUCAAGCUGAGAAAGAGAGAGAGCGAGCCGCAGCACGGGAGGAAGCUCGACGACGCAAGCACGAAGAGCAUGAACGGGAACGCCUAGCACAAGAGAAGAAGGAACGGGAUGACAAGAUGGCAAGAGAUCGCAAGAAGGAAAAAUCCAAGCCUCCAACGAGUGAUGUCUUCAACAAGCGACCAUCGGGCACGCGCCGAAUGUCAAGCUCUUCCAUGACUCCUGAGAUGAUGGCAGAAAAGCGCCGUCUUCUUGAAGCCGAGAACAUCCAGAUGCAGGCUGAGAAGCAAGCCGCAGAGGAGCGUGAGCGCGAGGAGAGACUGGCAGCUGUCAAACUCCAACAAGAAACGCCAGCUUACUACGACCCUCGCUCUGGAAUGGGGCGAAGAGGCUCCGUCACCCGCCACGACAGUGUUACCCGCCCAUCUGGUAUGACCCGAUCAAACAGCAAGCGUCGUACGAGCAUCUCCCAGCAGACAUCCCCUAAUCUUAGCACCCAAGUACCCGAAACCCCCUACUCCACCCGGGCCCCCAGCUCAAGAACAAAAGCCCCGCCCCCACUCUCCUUCCCGUCAAACUUCCAGCAACCCACUACCCGGCCCCCAUCCUCAUCUCGCCGCCCCUCCUUCUCCCAAGACAACCCCUUCGCCGCACAGCCUCCCCGUACCCCUGCCGAAAAUCCCUUCGCGCACACGUCAGCAAUGUCACCGUCGCUCGCACAGGACCCCUGGGAUCUGCGCACAGUGGAAAACUCGCUUCCUAUCGCGCCACCACCACGUCCGACAAAUGAAGCUCGCUACCAAACUAUCCAGCCUCGCGAACCGACUCGUCCGUCUGCUAGACAGGGUCCCGUGUAUGCGGAUGCAUUUGAUACUGGGUCUGAUAGUCCUGAGGACCUUGCGCCGGCUUAUACGACGAGGACGGGGUUGAGUCGAAGGAGCUCGACGUCCAAGGGGACGAAGAAGAAGCAUUAGUUUUUUCUUUAUCUGUUGAAUCUUUCCAUCGCGAUGUUUUCUAGUUGUAUGUUACUGUUUGAUGUUUCGGUUCAUGGCUUUUGCUCGUUUUAUACCCUUCAUAUGGCUGCUUGGUUGCACUUGGUACGAUCGAUGGUCUUUGUUAUAGAAAUAUAUACCCCUGUACGUGUUAUGUUGGAUGUUACGAGGAGUUAUGUAGUCAUAUAGCUAUGUAGGUUUUAACAACAAGGAUGUUUAUGAUACA